AUGUCAUUGAUGCAUCGGGUGUUUGGGAAGGUAAUGGUAAACUUGUCAUUACUAUUCUUAAUUUCAUUAAUUGUCCAACAGUUUGUGUUUGUUAUCGAAAUCCUCCAGAAAUUCGAGUUCAAAUUGGAGGCACCAGAAAUCCUGAUUUAUCCCCCUGAAAUAUUUGAUUACUUUAGAUACAAAAAAGUGACAAAUAUUCCAUUCUUGACAUCCGUUGAACAUCUCGUUAAUCCGUUCAUCGAACCAUUGUUGUUGCAUGACUAUUCAGUGUUCACUUCACCUGAAAAUGAGUCACUUUUGUUCAAAAACGUUUAUUUGGCAUUAAUUGCUGUUUCUACAGGAUAUAAGUUUGAAGUUGAAAAAUUGACGGUUUUAUUCAAAUCUUUUAUAUUGUUUGGAUCACCAAGGAUUGUCGACACACUUCUAAAACUCGCAGACAAGACAAUGAAUGAAAAUGAAAGUACAACGGUUUUUGUAAAGUUCUUAAUUAUAAUUGUUGAUGAAUACUUCGACAAAAUUUCGACAAGAUUCGUUUACAAACAAAAUACGAUACAAACCGUUUUUACAAUCAUUUCUUUCUUGAAGCGCAUGUUCAACAAAUUCUCUUCCAUCAGAGAAUUCAUGUUGCAAACAGCUGCUUUGCAUCCAAUUGUUACUUUCGCUGUAUUGAAUAAUUCUUUGGAAUGUUUGAGAGAAGGUGUCACGUUUAAGUGUAUUUUAUCGUCAUUUACGGGCGUGGAAGGAAAAAUCAAAUCGUUUGAUGAAAUAGAAAAUAAAGCGGUUGCUAUCGUUGAUGAUAAAGAGUAUGAAAUUGAAAUUGACAACUGCGGAGAUUUAGUUGUAAAUUGCGAAGUCAAAGUUGAUUUGAACCCAAUUUCUGACAUUUCCAAUCUGAUUUAUUUGUUCAAUUAUCAGUACAAGGAAGAAUACAAAGACAUAUUCAGAUUGGCUUCAAUUUUGGAAUUUGUCAAAACCGAAAAGUUCACUUCACAAAUUUCACAACAUGUCAAUUUAGAUUUUCUUAAGAAUUGUUUCUCAGAAGGUUUCAUUCAUUCACAGUCCUUCCAGAACUUCUUUUCCUCAUUUUCUCUUGCAACAACAUGCAAGAAUGAUUUCGGAUUUUCUUUAACAUCCAAAUUGACAGAAUAUCCUUCAAACAAAGGAAUUUUCAUUGUCAAUAAUGGAAGCGCCGUCUUCACUUCACCGGCCAUUUAUCCACGAGCCAAGUUUGAAAUGAUUUUGGAGACACCGAAAUCCUCGAAAUCGAAAUCACAAGUUUCGAUAAAUAUUUACGCUGAAAGUGAUGUUCCAAAAGCACUUUUAACAUGGAGUAAAUCAAUCAAACUCGGGCCAGAAGAAAAGUUUACUAUUAAGACUGUUCCAGAGCAGCUUCUUUUGGAUGUAAAUUCCACAAUGAUUUCGAUUUCUCCUUCAGUUUCAAAGAUUUUUAUCGUUUUUACUUUGUCAGAAGGAGCAACUUUGAAAUACGACGUAAAUGUCGAUUCAAAGAUCUUCAAGGUUUCACAGAAAAUGUCAGGAAAUAUCUUGAGAUUGUCAUCGAACCAUCCAGGUGUUAUACCACCACUUCAAAAGAUGUUUUUGCUCGCAAAAUCUUGCGAAACAAGUUCCCAAAUUUCUUUCAGAAUCAAACAAAAGAUUUUGUCACUUUUAUAUUUGUCCGGACUCCAUCCUUUGAGUACAGAAGAGAUUAUAUCUAUUAUUCCUAUUGCAACUCAACUUGAAAAAAUUAAGUUAGGGGUAUUUGAAUCCCUACAAGAUGCUUGUCAAAUUCCCUUAUUAAUAGCAUUCAAAUUCUCUUUUCAUAUUAAAUAUUAA